ACCCCUGUAAUGGCGGCUGUUGUUCGACACCACAUCGUGUGUGACGUUACAAUUUUGAACAUUUAUAAAAAGAUAGUUAUAAUAAAUAAUAAAAAUAAAUAAUCUUAAAUAAAAAUAACAAUCGUUUAAUUAAUUAGAUGUAAAUAUUUAUUUAAAGCUAGUGCGGUAAUAAAAAUAAUAAUUUCAUUGUGACGCCGUUAGCGGGAUUUGGGUGCUAGUGGGGGUUAAACUCGUCGGGGGGGAAAUAAAAAACUAACCAAUCGGUUUCUGCGUAUAGCCAAGAGCCGUACGAGACUGAGUGACAAAAAUCCAACGGACAACAGUCUUAAUAACAGUCAUAAAAAUAAAAAAGACAUUGAGAUUUUGCAAGUAGACUUUUGUUGGGUAGUGUGAUUUUUUUUUCAACCAAAAUUAUUCUCUGGUUAGAUUCUUUUUGAUCACCACCAUUGUUCCGCCUAUUUGCAUCCGCAUUAUUACUAUUAUUAUUAUUUUUAUUAUAAAUAUAAUUGUAAUUAUUAAUUUAGUCAGUGUAGUUAAGUAAUCAUAAUAAUAAUAUUGUAUUGAAGUGAUUCGCAAUGACGUUAUAGUGUGAAAAUAAUAAAUCUAAAUAUCGAUCCCGAUGUUGGUCGUAGGAUUGUGCAAAUGUAGUUUUCAUGGUUAUAAAGUGGAUAGAAACUGGAGAAGAAACUGGUUGUGGUUACCCAAGAAAGCUUCAAAUACGUUUGAAGCUUUCGAGGUCGGAUUAAUGGAACUAUGAACCUGGACUCGUUAUCUUUUACUUUAACACAAAUAAAUUAUUUAAUUGUAAAUUUAAAUAAGAAAAAUUAUCGCGAUAGUACCGAGGAAAUAUCAAUCUUAGUACGGUGGAAAGGUCUAGAGGCAGACAGACAUUUGUUGCGCUGUUUGUUCUCGCACAUUGACUUUUCUACAGGAGAAACGCCAAACACUAGCUCCAAGGAUUAUUAUCAAGUUCAAUUGCUCAAACAAGAGUGUACAAAUAUUCUUGGAAAACCUUCGUUGGUCUCAAAUCUCUGUUACGCUAUUGACCAUCCUCUCCAUCAUCAAAAGACUUUGAAACCAUCGCUGAAAUUUUUUCUUCACUUACGACGACUACUGAGCUUAACUCUCGUCCAAGAAAUUGUUUUUGCAAUUGCAUUGCAGCACUCAGAAAACGCCGAGUUGAGAUCAUUGGCACUUGAGGAAGUUAAAAAACAACUUCCAGACUUGAUAAAUAAUUACAUACAGUCAGCAGACAGUACUGGCAACAAGCAGCAGGAGGACGGGCUCCACGAUUCCUCGCCGGAAGUAUUACAUUUGAUACUCAUUGAAACAUUGAAAGAUCAAAAUUCUUACGGGCUCUCGUUGGAGACUAAAGAAAAAUUUUUGAAAAAUUUGAAACGUGAUUUUCCCCGUGAACUGGUACCAGUGGUGCUAGCACCACUAUUAUAUCCAGGAGACGGGGAAAUUACUCACGUACCUAACGAACUCGAUAUGGCCACCAAUCAAAUGGACGCCAACUCGUUAGUCGAGUUGAUAAUGGAAUUAGGCUAUGGAUUUACCAACAAUGUAGAAGACUGUCGCGCAGCCUUAACUGGCUUGGGAGCGCGAGAAAUAUCUCCAUUGGCUGCAGCACGCGUCCUGGCUCACAUGGCAAGAACGUACAGUGGGUUAGACGAUGCUGGUGGCUUACAGUCAUUUUGGAGUAUUUCAUCGAACAAUGCUGACGGUAACAAAGAUAAAUCAGACGGUAAUCCAUCAAGUACAUGGAAUGUUGAAGUAUUUGUACAGACGUUAAAAGAAAUUCAGUCAACAUUAUCAUGGAAUGAAGUGAUUGUUAAAUUAGAUCAUCCCGAUUUUCACAUUAAAAAUCGCCAAAGUUUGAAUCUUUUGAUAACUGGUUUAAGACUUGGAUUACAAUUACAAGGUUUUCCAUUGGAUGUAUUUCCAGUUGAGUUAUUUUAUCGUCAUUGGGACAAUGUCGAGGGACAAUUUUCUUUGAUUCAGCAAAUUUUGAAAAAUCCCGAUGUAUUUUGCUUCGCUGAUUAUCCCUAUCAUUCGGUGACAGUUGAUGUACUAAAAGCUGCACCGGAAGGUGACAGCAAAGAAGCCCAAACUUGGCGAUCACUAAAUGUAGUAGAGCUUUUACUUCAUAUGGCUGAACGUGGACUCAAUGGACCUGUACAAGAUAUAUUUAAAUGGCCGAUCCAACACUGUCCGGAUGUACUUGUAUUAGCGUUACUCCAAAUUAACCCACCGAUUACAAUGUUACGGCAAGAAUUGCUGAGCACUUUAAUGCCAAUAUUUUUAGGCAAUCACCCGAAUUCGGCAGUUAUUUUACACCACGCUUGGCAUGCCAAUAAUUUAAAAAUAAAGUCGAUAAUAAUGCACGCAAUGGCUGACUGGUAUUUACGCGGUGAUAAUGAUCAGACAAGAUUAUCACGAAUUUUAGACGUAGCUCAAGAUUUAAAAGCUUUAUCAGCAUUAUUAAAGGCACAAAGUUUUCCAUUUGUAAUCGAUCUUGCUUGUUUGGCAUCACGACGAGAGUACUUGAAACUGGAAAAGUGGCUCGGAGACAAAAUACGUGACCACGGUGAAAUAUUCAUCGCGGCAUGUGUUAAAUUUUUACAACGAAGAUGCCCACAAGUAAUGGGACCGGGUAUUAAAGAAGACACAACCAUCCCCAAGGCCAGUCAACUGCCUCAAGAAACUUUGACAACUAUUCUAAUGGUCCUGCAACCUUGCACUGCAAGUCUCUCACAAGAACUAGCAGAUACCAUAAUUACGAUGAUCGGAAACUGCAGUAUGAUGUUGAAGACUAAUUUAAACAGACCACCGCCUCCAGGAGUGAUGCGUCAUCCCGCAUUAGACGUAUUUAAUCCAGUUAAAUUGGCAGCUCCUUUGUUUCCAACAAAACCUAUUGACACUCUGGGUAAUUUGAGCACUAAUUUAGCUUCAAUGGGUAUCGGAUCUGGCUUAGGACCGCCGAGUACCUCAGCUUUUAAUUUACCCGGUGCUUUAGGUCCUUUGGUAUCUGCACCAGGAUCUCCCUCGAGGCUAAUGGGUCCGUCGCCAAAUCCUUUUCCAAUGAUGCCAAUGUCUUCGCAAAUUCAUUCUGGACCAGUUGGUACUCAGAGCACUGCUGUGAUACCCGGUGCUGCGUCAAUAGGCGGUAAUGGACGUUUAGGCCCGCCGGCGAAUAUUGAAAAGACUAGAAUACCUGAAAUAUCAAAUUUAUUCCCUGAUAUGCCACAAAUAGUGUCUAAAGACAUUGAAGAUGAAGCUAAUAGUUAUUUUAUGGGUAUUUACAAUCAUUCACCUCAUCAGACUUUGUCAAUUGAUGAGGUGCUUGAUAUAUUAAAAAAAUUUCAGAAUUCUACUAUAAAACGCGAGCAUGAUGUGUUUCAGUGUAUAUUACGUAAUUUAUUGGAAGAAUAUCGUUUCUUUCCGCAGUAUCCUGAAAAGGAACUUCAUAUCACUGCUCAAUUAUUCGGCGGGAUUAUUGAUCGUGGAUUGGUAAAUAAUUACAUGACCCUGGGAAUAGCGCUUAGGUUUGUUUUAGAUGCUCUGAGAAAACCAGAAGGCAGUAAAAUGUAUUUCUUUGGUUUAGCAGCUCUUGACAGAUUCAAAAGCCGUUUAAAAGAAUAUUCGACUUAUUGCGAACAUGUAAGAGCUAUUCAUCAUUUUCUUGAGUUUCCAUCGCAUUUAGUCGAGUACAUUGAGUUUGGACUGAGCGGGCAAGAGCCGCCUCAUAAACCUCAGGGACCUAUUUACCCAAAAUCACAUCCUCUUAUGAUGAACCAGGCUACCACUGCUUACAAAUCCAUAACUACAACGACCGCUACGAGCAACACGCAGUCAAAACCAUCUACUACGCCAACAACUUCGAUGUCUGCUCGGCCUUCUAUUGCAAAUGCAACCAAUAUCGAUACACUGCUUGUAGCUACUGAUAAAGAAGAAAUGAAAAUUACAAUACCGCCAGAAACCAUGCAAGACAAAACGGCAUUCAUUUUUAAUAAUUUGAGUCAGAUUAAUUUACAAGCUAAGUGUGAUGAAAUACGUGAAAUUGUUACUGAAGAAUUCUGGCCUUGGAUUGCUCAGUACUUGGUAAUGAAACGUGCGAGUAUUGAAUUGAAUUUUCAUGUACUGUAUUCAAAUUUUCUGGAUUAUCUUAAAGUACCAGAAGUUAACAGAUUAGUAACGAGAGAGACUUUUAGGAAUAUUAAAGUUUUAUUACGCAGUGAUAAAGGUAUUGCAAAUUUUUCUGACCGUUCUUUGCUAAAAAAUCUCGGACAUUGGCUCGGUAUGCUAACACUUGGAAGAAAUAAGCCAAUUCUACAAGUUGACAUUGAUUUAAAAAGCUUAUUAGUAGAAGCGUAUAAUAAAGGUCAGCAAGAAUUGUUGUACGUCGUGCCCUUCGUAGCUAAAGUUUUAGAAAGCUGUGCCAAGAGUCGUGUUUUUCGGCCACCAAACCCUUGGACCAUGUCUAUAAUGAAUGUCCUCGCUGAGUUACACCAAGAGCCAGAUUUGAAGCUGAAUCUCAAAUUUGAAAUCGAGGUUUUGUGUAAAAAUCUUAGUAUUGAUGUUUCGGAGUUGAAACCUGCGAUUUAUUUAAAGGAUCCUGAGAAGAUAAGGAGUAUUGAGUACCAACUGUCCCAACCUAAUAAAAAAUCUGAGGCGUCUCAUUCUGCUCAACAACAGCAGCAACAACAGCAACAUCAGCAGCAACAGCAACAGCAACAGCAACAACAACAACAGCAACAGCAGGCUCAACAACAAGCACAACAACAAGCCCAGCAACAACAACAGCAGCAGCAGCAACAACAACAACAACAAGCACAACAACAAGCCCAGCAACAACAACAGCAGCAACAACAACAACAAGCACAGCAGCAGCAACAACAACAACAACAGCAGCAACAACAACAGCAGCAGCAAUUGGCUCAACAACAGUCACAACAGCAGCAGCAACAACAACAGUCGUCUCAACAAAAUACAAUGGAAGAAUUAGUCGGAUCUUCAGCACCUGGUGUUAUUUCUCAGCCUCAGCCGGCUAAUACCACUCCAUCUCUUCCCACCGGUCCUCCAGAGCCCCGAUUUAAUUACAUGGACAUCAAUGUAUCCAAUGUAGCCAAUGUUGCUCAACAUAUAACUGUAAACAACCAGCUUCCGCUUUUGCAAGCGAGUCCACACUUGAAACAAUUCAUCCGGCCAUCUAUCGAGCGUGCAAUUCAAGAAUGGAUUCAUCCUGUUGUAGAUCGUUCUAUUAAAAUAGCUCUUACCACCAGUGAACAGAUUGCUAGAAAAGAUUUCGCAUUAGAUCCUGAUGAAACCAGGAUGCGUCAAGCAGCGCGUCACAUGGUACGGAAUUUAGUCGCUGGGAUGGCAAUGAUUACUUGCCGAGAUCAAAUAUUGGCGUCUAUUAGCACUAACUUGAAGCAGGCAUUUUUGGCAGCACUGAUGGGCUCUACGCAACAGCAAAAAGAUCUUGUAGAACAGGCAGCUAAUGUCCUUGCUGGUGACAAUAUGGAAUUGGCGUGUGCUUUCGUCCAAAAGACGGCUAUUGAAAAAGCAAUGCCGGAAAUGGACAAACGGCUGUUGAAUGAAAUUGAGCUCAGAAAAAUAGCUCGUCAAGAGGGACGUCGGUACUUUGAUCCUGUGGCUAAAUACCAAGCCGAGCGUAUGCCGGAACAAAUUCGCUUGAAAGCCGGAGGAGUAACUCCUCAACAAAUGGCUGUCUAUGAAGAAUUUGCAAGAAAUAUUCCCGGAUUUUUGCCGCUGUCUGAGCGUGAAACACAAGCUCUGUUUAUACCCAAGCCGAUAAGCGAGCCGACAGCAGUGACAGCUUUCGCUUCAAACCCCGCUGUAACAUUACCAACACAACAAGUCGCUGUGUAUGCAAACGCAGCUGUAAACAACGACGAAGUUGGUACAAUGCUAGAGAAGCUUGCCAGUGAAGUUGAAUUACUUCUCACGAGUACAGCUGCCCCGCCACAGCAACUCACAGGCCUCCACGCGCUUCUGGAGUCUAUAAUCCUCACCAGAAGGUCUCGUGACGCCGGUGCUGCAAUGGCUCUCUUAAAAAGAGCUGUUGAUGGACUUUUAGAGAGCCCAUCAGCUUCAAGCAGUACCAUAGAAUCGGAAUUAAUUCUCCGUUAUCGUGAAUUGCAUCUUAGAAUUCUAAAAUGCCUCCAAGACCCACGUGCUUACGGCUUACAAUGGACGAACAAAAAUGUAGCACGUGUAUGGGCCGACAGCAGAGAAGAGUGUCGUUUUAACUUUGAAGCCGUUGACUGUCUCAUCAGGUCACACUUGAUAAGCCUUCCUCAACUCGACGGAGCACUGGCUCAGGCUAUGGAAGGAGGCAUUGCAAUGGCCGUAGCCUUCGCCAUGCAGCUAGUCCAGGUCUACUUGAUCGACGAAAGACAAACCACCCACGUAAAUGAAUCUGACUUGUACAACCUCCUUGAAUCUUUAGCACGAAUGGCUCAUCAUCGCGCAACACCCGACGGCAUCUCUGUAUUCCGUCUCACCAGUGUCAUGGAAUCUCUCCGUGCCAACCACGAGUCAGGUGUACUAGCUGACCGCUCAUCCGUGGGACCAACUGCCCACAUUCACUCGGGAAUCUCCCAAGUCAGAGCCCGUGAUUUUGACGAUCCACCAGGACUGAUGGAAAAAACGGAGUACCUGUUGCGCGAGUGGGUAACAAUGCAUCACAGUCCCAACAAUUCAAGAGACCCCACCAAGGCAUUUGGUCUCUUUGUCCAUCAGAUGAACAUCCACGGUAUCUUGAAGACAGACGACCUAAUCACCCGCUUCUUCAAGCUGAGCACACAAAUGUGCGUCGAUCUUUGCUACCGAGCGCUAGCUGAGUCUAAUUUAGCGGUAUCGGCUGUAAGAGCCAAGUGUUUCUUGACUCUUGACGCUUUUGUCAAGCUGGUAGCGUUGCUGGUCAAGCAUUCUGGAGACACCUCUAACACUCACACUAAAAUAAACCUGCUUAACAAAGUGCUGGGUAUUGUAGCUGGUGUUCUUCUGCAAGAUCAUGAAAUGCGUGGUACUGAUUUUCAACAAUUGCCGUAUCAUCGGAUUUUUAUAAUGCUGUUUUUGGAACUGUGUGCUCCAGAACCCGUCCUAGAGGCUGUUAAUUAUCAAGUACUCACUGCAUUUUGUCACACUCUUCACAUAUUGCGUCCAGCCAAGGCUUCAGGGUUCUGCUACGCGUGGCUAGAACUCGUUUCUCACCGAGUUUUUAUUGGCCGUAUGCUUGCGAUUACUCCUCAGCAAAAAUGUUGGGGCAUGUAUGCUCAACUGCUGAUUGAUUUGUUUAGAUAUCUGGCUCCGUAUUUGCGCAACGCUGAACUUGCCAAGCCAGUACUGUUUCUUUACAAAGGAACUCUUCGAGUUUUGUUGGUACUGUUGCACGAUUUUCCGGAAUUCCUUUGUGAUUAUCACUACGGAUUCUGCGAUGCGAUACCGCCCAACUGUAUCCAGAUGAGAAAUUUAAUUCUCAGCGCAUUCCCGAGAAACAUGCGGCUCCCAGACCCGUUUACUCCUAACCUGAAGGUCGAUAUGCUGCAAGAGAUAGCACAUGCUCCGAGAGUACUCACAAACUUUGCGUCGAUAAUCCAGCCGCUUAGUUUUAAAAAGGAACUUGAUUCUUAUCUCAAGGCUCGAGCACCUGUCACCUUCCUGUCGGAGUUGAGAAGCAACUUACAGGUGUCCCAAGAAGCUGGAAUGCGGUACAACAUACCACUGAUGAACGCGCUGGUUUUGUACGUGGGAACUCAAGCGAUUGCUUUCAUUCGUAACAAAGGACACACACCGAAUAUGUCGACUAUCGCUCAUUCUGCUCACAUGGACAUCUUCCAAAAUCUCGCCGUUGAUCUCGACACCGAGGGACGGUACUUGUUCUUGAACGCUAUCGCUAAUCAGCUACGUUAUCCUAACAGUCAUACGCAUUACUUCAGUUGUACAUUAUUGUAUUUGUUUGCUGAAGCAAAUACUGAAGCUAUUCAGGAACAAAUUACGAGAGUGCUUUUGGAGAGAUUGAUCGUCAACAGACCACAUCCUUGGGGCUUACUUAUUACUUUUAUUGAGCUUAUUAAAAAUCCUACGUAUAAAUUUUGGACUCAUGAAUUUGUUCAUUGUGCACCCGAAAUUGAAAAAUUAUUUGAGUCUGUUGCGAGAUCAUGUAUGGUUCAAAAACAAGUGCUAUCAACACAAUCAACACAAGAACCAGAAUUGCCAGAGUGAUAAAACGUUUUUAUAAAUCGUAAUUUUAUUCUGUGUACAGUGAACAAAGCAAAAACUUUAAAGUUAUAAUACUUAUUAUUAAUAACGCGUGUAUAAAGUUGCUUAUAUAAUUAUUAAGAGUGUAUAAUAAUAUUAUGAUGAACUUUGAAACUUUCUUUUCUUUUUUGUUUGACUUAUUAAUAAUUAUAACGAACUAAGUAAAUAUCAAGGUUAAGUAAUAUUAAGUAGAUAACAUGAUAGUUUAAAACAGACAUGAAAACAAAAAGUUACAAAUGACUAAAUUGUAAGGAAAAAUAAUUGAUAUGUUAAUAUUUUAAUAAUAAAAAAUAAUUAUAUGUAUAAAAAA